AUGAUUUUAGGAGAUUUGGGAGCUGAGUGCCUCCAGAGCAAAUAUUGUGAGGUAGUUAAUGCUGCUUCCAUGUUUGUGGGUGAAGAGAGCGCUUCUUUUCUGAGUGUGAGCAGGAACAAAAAUAUAUACUCCAUUAGCAUUGCUGUUAAUCUUAAAGAUCCUAAAGGCACCAAACUUGUAACUGAGCUUGCCAAAAUCUGUGAUGUUCUGGUGGAGAACUGCUGGACCAGGAAGCUGAACGUGAUGGGACUUGGGUACGAAGAGUUGAGUAAAGUGGCCCCUCAGCUCAUCUAUUGCUCUAUCACAAAUCACAGCCAAAUUCCCAUGUCUCACAAGCCUGGAUAUGACUCCAUUGCGUCUGCGGUGUCUGGUUUGGUGCACAUCACUGGUCCUGAGGAUGGAGACCCAGUCAGACCAGGUCUUGCAAUGACAGAUCAAGCCACUGGUUUAUUCACUCAUUUACUUCAUUUUACUUCGUAG